GUUAUAGGUCCUCAAUUUCUCCAUCUUAACGUAGAAGUAAAGCUAUACCUCCUCCAUCACUUCGUCUCUAGCGGUUGCAUUAGCAGUUAUCAUGGAUCCUUUUGGAUGUACCAAAUUUGAGCGCAAGCUUGAAGAUGACGAAGUUUGUGGGAAUAAAGAAGAAUUAGGUUCCCAUGCAAAUGACCCUAUUCAAAGUUUAACCAAGAACGAUGUUCUUGAAAUGCAAUUCAAUUCAGAAGAGGAUGCCAAUGAUUUCUAUAAUCAAUAUGCUAAAGUUGUGGGAUUUAGCAUUAGGAAAGACACGCGAACAAUGCAGGCAACAAAGGUUCUUAGUAGAAAAUGGGUAUGCUCAAGGCAAGGACAAAGAGCAAAGCAACACUUGGCCCGUAUUGAUCGAAAAAGAGCUGCCAGGGCAUUGACUAGAGUUUGUUGUGAUGCUCAUUUCCGCAUAAGGUACAAUCUGGAUGUAGGCAAAUACAUUGUCACUCACUUUAACAUGGAACAUAACCAUCCAUUGGCAACAUCACCAUGUGUGCCAUUUCUUCGGUCGCAUAGGUUUGUAAAGAUCCCCAACAAAGCUCAAGUAAAGACUUUGCACGAUGUUGGUGUCAAGACAAGCCAGAUAAUGGAUUUGUUGGUGCAACAAUCUAGGUCUUUCGCGAACGUGGGCUUUAUUCACAAGGAUUUGCACAAUUAUAUUCAAGCCGAGCGCAAAGUAGAAAUGAAGGAUGGUGAUGCGGAGUUUGCUUUGGCUUACUUAUGUGCAAAAGCAAAUACUAACCCUUACUUCUUUUACAAGUAUAACAAGGAUCAAGAGAAUCGGCUUGACAAAUUGUUUUGGGCAGAUUCAAGGUCUCGCCUAGACUAUGCUGCAUUUGGUGACGUGUUGGUCUUCGAUACAACUUAUAAAACGAAUGCAUAUAACAAACCUUUUGUUAUUUUCGCCAGGGUCAAUAACCAUUUUGAAACCACCAUAUUUGCAUGCAGCUUGCUUGUUGAUGAGACAAUUGCAACAUACACAUGGGUUUUGCAGAAGUUGUUAGAGGCCAUGGAUAACAAAAGACCGGUGUCAGUGUUGACAGAUGGGGAUAUGGCCAUGCAUGAGGCAAUACAAAAAGUCUUCCCGAGUGCCAAGCAUCGUCUAUGUAAUUGGCAUAUGCACAGAAAUGCCAAACGAAAUGUUCGAGUUGAUGGAUUCGAGGGACAUUUCAAGCAUCUCAUGGAACUUGAUGCGAAUGAGGUUGUAUUUGAGGAAGCUUGGAGUAAGAUGGUUAGAAAAUAUGGCCUUCAAAAUAACAAGUGGGUAUCAGACACCUACAACAACAAAGGCAUGUGGGCUCAAUCAUAUUCGCGUGGUCAUUUUUUUGCUGGAAUGAAGAGCAGUCAGCGUUGUGAGGGUAUGCAUGCUUUUUUCCAUGAGCGCCUCAAACGAAAACUGAAACUAUUCGAAUUUGUUAGAUGUUUUGACAUGGCCCUUUAUCGGUUACGGAACAAAGAAGCAGAUGCCGAGGCAAAAACUGACAACAGUGAUCCUUGUCUUGCCACAGCACUUCAGCCUCUAGAGAAACAUGCAGCAACCAUCUUUACCAGACGUUUGUUCUUAAUGUUCCGUAAUGAAAUAAUUGAGGAAGCAUUGUUGAUUUUUGAUGGAAGGAAAGAGGAGUUCGAUCAUCGCAUAUACAAAUUUUCAAAGUACACUGAAUUUGGUUCCACAUGGGAAGUGUCAUACCAUCCCGCAACUAGCAUAAUGAAAUGUAGUUGCAAAAAGUUUGAGUUCUUUGGACUUCCUUGCAGCCAUAUGAUUUCUGUGAUGAAAUGUGAACACAUGACUGAAAUUCCCCCAAGUUGUGUGAUGCAUCGUUGGACAAAGCAAGCAAGAAAGGUUGGUGAACAACAUUGCCAAGCCCAAUUCUCUAGCACUCUCACACAGGAGACACGCUUUGGGGUUCUUUGCUCCUUUUUUACUGAAAUGUGUUACUAUGCCUCACAAACAUAUGAAGGAUUUGAAGAGGCUAGGAAUGCAUUUUUCACUAUGACAUGUCGGAUGAAGCAGCUUUGCAUGGCUAAGGGAACUAAUGUUGAUGAAGGAAAAAGUUCACUACCGCCAUUUGGGGUUGGGGAUCCGAAAGUAGUGAACACGAAGGGGAAUACUGUGGGAUCCUACAUGGCUAAACCUCGAAAGCCAAGGCGAUGCCAAUGUUGCAGGUAUACAUUAUAUUGUGCUUUGUGUCUUAAUUUUUUUAUUGUGAGGUAG